UUUUUAAAAAAAAUAAAUAGAUAAAUGCACAUCUUGAUAACGCAAACAGCAACACCAACCAUGACGACGAUCUUUCGGAAACUCCAAGAUUCAGACCGUAACCCCAAUGCCACUCUAUACUUUGGUAAUAUCGAUCCAAGGGCCACCGAAUUGUUAAUGUAUGAGCUAUUCAUCCAGUUUGGCCCAGUGCGACUGAUCAACAUGCCUAAAGAUAGAAUUCUCCGUACUCAUCAGGGGUAUGGGUUUGUCGAGUUUCGACUGAGCAAGGAUGCAGAGUAUGUCUUGGACAUCUUGCGCGGUGUACGACUCUAUGGAAAAUUGGUCAAGUUGAAGAAAGUCGACGGGAAGGAGAGCAGCAAGAGGACGCAGAUUGGGAGAGAGGGUAGGGGGAAUGUCACUGAGAGUGUCGUGUUGCCAGGGUACGUGGAUGUCGGGGCCAAGUUGUUUAUUAACAACUUGAACGAGCUUGUCGAUGAAAAGUUCUUGAGUGAUACCUUUGGCAAGUUCGGUACCUUGAUUCAAACACCCAUUGUUAAAAGGGACGACGAGGGCAAGAGUUUAGGGUUUGCGUUUUUGAAUUACGAUUCUUUUAACAGUUCGGAUUUGGCCAUUGAGAAGAUGAAUGGGGUUAUUUUGAUGAACUCCAAGAUUAGUGUUGGUUAUGCUUUCAAACUGGAACUGGGUGGGAAGAGAAUUAGGCAUGGGGAUAAAGUGGAGAGAUUGUUAGCUGAAAGCGCCAAACAGAACAAUGUGGUGAAGAAGACAAAGAAGAGGAAAGUUGAUAAGUUGAGGUGA